UUUUUGAGAUUCCAAGUUCCAAGUGGCAAAAGUGCCGAGUGCCGAGUAUCUGUGAGAGUGAAAAAUGUUAAUUUUACAUACAUUUUCAUUUUUAUUUGUUCUUAAGAGCAUUUGAAAUGUAAAUUUGAGUAUAUGAAUUCUAUUAAUAAUGUUCUCAACUUCAAAAAUGAGAUCAUUUUGAAUCUUACAGUUCUGUUUCUUAUUUUGUAAAAUUAAGGUUAUAUUGAAUUUAUCCUAAACAAACUAAAUUUAUGUGAAGCAUUUACUCAAAAUGAUUGAAAUAUCUGAUGUUCAAAAAAUUGGCGUCGGUCUUGCCGGCUUUGGAAUAUUCUUCCUCUUUUUGGGUGUUUUAUUACUUUUUGAUAAAGGACUAUUGGCUAUCGGAAAUAUUCUUUUUAUUGCUGGUCUAGCCAGUGUUAUAGGUCUGGAACGCACAUUUCGCUUCUUCUUCCAAAGGCAUAAAGCUAAAGCAUCGGUCGCAUUUUUUGGCGGAAUUGUAGUAGUCCUGCUAGGAUGGCCUCUAGUUGGAAUGAUGCUAGAAACCUAUGGCUUCAUACUUCUUUUCAGUGGAUUCUUCCCAGUUGCAAUAAACUUCCUCAGAAGGGUACCAAUCCUAGGAACAUUCCUUAACCUCCCAGGAAUAAGAACGGUUAUGAACUAUCUCGCUGGCGAUACGGGUGAUCAAAACUAGAAUUACACUCUGUUUCCAAAUGUUACUGUGUCAAGUGCUGUAAAAUCUUACAGACUUUCUUUCUGUCCCCAGAUCAUGGAUCGUCUUGCCGGUGAUUCAAGUAGAACUAUGGUGUGACAGUGACUUUCUGUGUCUGUGACAGUGUUGCCAAGUCAAUAGAAACUUAUGUCUUAAAACAUUCAUGUCAAACGUUCAAUGUUCUCAUUCAUGUUCAAACAUUCAUAUAACAUCUUAUUGUUAUUAAUGUAAGUACCAUUAUCAUUCUGGUAUUGUCAGCUACUUAGAUUAUUAAUUACAUGAGCAUGCUAAUAUUGUUCAUAACAACUGUAUUUAAAUCGUCGAUCAAUGUUUUUGUAUUUAAUACUGUAACAUUUUUACUGUAACACUUUAUAAUACUAUCGUAUAUGUAAUUGUAUUAUAGAACAAUAUUCAUCUCUAUACGAGAAUAAAUUUAAUCACUGAAAUAAUGCAUUGUCAACAAAAAGGAUGAAUAUUGAGGUGACCAACUUAACGAUUGAUGAUAAUUACCAAAAUUAAUGUUCUUUCAAAAAAUAUAUUAUGAUCUUUGUUCGGAGAA